AUGUGGGGCGCCGUUCAAUUGGGAGUAUUGGCGGCCUUUCUUGUAGUCUUUGUCCCUGUGGGUAUGGCUGGUUGGCACUUGAGUCGCAACAAAAUGUUAUUUUUCAGCUGUGCCCUCUUCAUUACCCUUGCUGUUUGUGUUCACUUGACCCCUUAUUUCCCUUCAGUCUCCUCUAUGCUUUCGUCAUCAGGUUCAGUACCCUUAUCUUCAUCAUCAUCAUCAUCAAUGGUAAAUCUUGACUCUUGCAUUUCUUUACUUCACCAAGUAGCAUUUGAUUUUCAAGAAUUGAAUAAUGAGAAUAGUAGUGUGGAAAAUACUGUUAGGAGUAGUAGUGAGAAGUCUUGGAAGUGGAUUGAGUCAGAACCUGUUGUUCAAUGUGAUUUCCAAAAGUUGUCCAAGUCUCAUGCUUCAGAUUUGUUUAAUGGGUCAUGGGUUGUUGUUGCUGGGGAUUCACAGGCAAGGUUAUUUGUAGUUUCUUUGUUGGAGUUGUUAUUGGGGGAAAGUGAAAUGGAGAUGAUUAGGGGGGAUUUGUUCAAGAGGCAUAGUGAUUAUAACAUACUUAUUGAUGAGAUUGGGAUGAAGUUGGAUUUUAUUUGGGCGCCUUAUGUGAGUAACUUGACUGAUUUGGUUCUGGGGUUUGAAGAGAAAAAGAGUUAUCCUGAUGUAUUUGUGAUUGGGACAGGGCUAUGGGAUAUGCUACAUAUAAAUAAUGCAACUGAUUAUGGUGUUUCCCUAAAGUUGUUGACGGAUUUGGUGGUAUUACUGUUACCAGUACCUUCAGAUUUUGUUAAUGAUAGAGCUGUUCGUUCACCCAACUUCUUUUGGCUGGGAAUGCCAAAGCUGAUAAACUCGAUGUUGAAUACAGAUGAGAAGCGAAAGAAGAUGACUGAUGUGAUGUGGCAAGCUUAUACUGAUGAGCUUUAUAGCAGUAAGCUGCUGCGACAAUCUGGUGGACCCCUUUUGUUGCUGGACAUUCAUUCAUUGAGUAAUAAUUGUGGAGCUCAUUGUACUACUGACGGAAUGCAUUAUCACGAAGUUGUAUAUGAAGCUGCAGUUCAUGUAAUGCUAAACGGAUUGCUUAUAGAAUCUAAUCAGAAGCUGUAA